AUGACGAGUCAAGCUUUGGCUAAAACAUCAACAGACCUCGGAAAGGGUCAUAAUCAUAAUGCUAAACAUAAACAACUGCCGAUAGCUGAACAGAAUGUCGUUUCAGCACUUUCUUCAAUAGAAACAAGCAUUUGCGGAGCAGUUGCAGGAAUGAUAUCGAGAUUUAUUGCUUCUCCAUUAGACGUUGUGAAAAUUCGAUUGCAGCUUCAACCGGGAAGACCAAUUAAUCCUAUAUUGUCAGGAAAAUUGCCAAACCAAUCUACUUAUUAUUCUGACAGUUUUGCAAGGAAGUAUAACGGAAUGUUUCACGCAAUUAAAUUAAUCGUUCGAGAAGAAGGCAUUCGGGGAUUAUGGAAGGGUAAUCUUGCAGCAGAAUAUUUAUAUUUGACAUACGGUGCUAUUCAAUUUUUAACUUAUCAACGAAUGCAAAAUUUUUUCAACCAUAUUUAUCUGAACAAAAAUGGAAAGCCUAUUAUGAAUGUUAAAUUACAGCCGUUUUUGAGCGGAGCUAUAUGUGGAACAACUGCAACUGUUAUCACAUAUCCUUUCGAUUUGCUAAGGACACGUUUUGCUGCACAGGGUGAAAAGAGGACAUAUACAGGAUUAAAUCAUGCAGUACAGCAAAUUUAUGCGCAAGAGGGAUAUCGUGGGUUCUAUAGAGGAAUUACUGCGUCGGUUGCACAAAUUAUUCCCUACAUGAGUUUAAUGUUUGGAAGUUAUGAAUUCUUAAAGAAAUCAUUUAGAAAAAUGGAGGAAAAGAAUAUUUGGUUUCAUAAUUUCAAAGGUGCAGAAGAUUUACUCAGCGGGGCAGCAUCAGGAAUAGUGAGCAAAGCUGGUGUAUUUCCACUCGAUUUAAUAAGGAAAAGAUUACAAGUACAAGGUCCAAAUAGAACAAAUUAUGUUAUAUCAAAUGUCCCAUUAUAUUCUACUUCCAUAUUUAUUUGUAUUAGGCAAAUAUUAAGACAUGAUGGAUUUUUUGGUUUAUAUAAGGGCCUUACACCUGCUUUAAUUAAAUCUGCUCCU